AUGCCAACUGCAACCAGCAUAAUUUACGAGGGCGAUGCAGAACCUGUGGAUGGAGUAGUUGAACUAACGAACAAAGUUCUUUAUGUAGGCCGUGUUGGAAGGGCGACAUAUGCCAAGAGAGUCCCAGAGUGGGACUCUCAUAAUAGAAAGUUCAGCGACUUCAACACUCAUUUCUCAUUCCUCAUCGACAAAAAAGGCCGUGGUACUUAUGGCAGUGGGUUUGCAUUUUAUCUCGCUCCUUGUGGAUAUCAAAUCCCGCCAAAUUCAGGUGGUGGAUUUCUAGGCCUAUUCAAUAAAACGACCAGUGACGUUCCGGGAAACCAGGUUGUUCUAGUUGAAUUUGACUACUAUACAGACGAUGAAUGGGAUCCUGCAUGUCAACAUGUGGGGAUCAACAGCAACUCAAUUGCUUCGGAAGUCUACACCCCUUGGAAAGUUAACUUACAUAAUGGAGAAACUACUGAAGUAUGGAUCAACUACAAUGCUACAACAAGAAAUCUAAGUGUGCAGUGGAGCUACAAAAAUCACCCUGCUGACCGUAUGGAGGAGACUACUAGUCUUUCUUACAUAAUUGAUCUGACGAAAAUCCUGCCCGAGUGGGUAUCAAUUGGAUUUUCAGCUAGUACUAGUCAAUAUGGCGAGCGCCAUAAAAUUCUAUCAUGGCAGUUCGAUUCCAGUUUGGAUGCAAUACCUCCUGCUGAGGACACAAAACUGAUACGCGUAAUAAGAUAUCUGGCAUUUUCAGUGAUUAUACUGAUAAUUGGAGUGUUCACAUUGAAAACUGCAGAAUUGUGGUGGCAAUGGUUGAAGUAUACGUAUGGAAGAGAGGAACUAUCAAAACUGGUACCAGAGGCAUCAGUUUUAUCAUCAACCCAUGAAGACGGUGGUGAAACAGAAGCCCGAUCCAGAAGGUUGUCUGAUCCAGAUGUAGUUAUAGCUACAGACAGUUUGUCCAAUAACGAGAGUAACUUAGUUGAUUUGGAUACUGCAAUGAAGAAAAAGGAAAAGGGGAAAUCCAUUAGAAUGUAA